AGAGAGCGAGCGAGCGAGAGAGAGAGAGAGAGCGAGCGAGAGAGAGAGAGAGAGAGAGAGAGAGAGAGAGAGACUCUGCGUGUCCUGCUGAAGUCUGAAGUGAAUCUCUCUCGUUCCCGCGUCUCGGCUGGGUGCAGAGGGACUGGCUGGACGGGUUUUUAGCGCCGCGUUUCUUCUGAGCUCUUUUCCUCGCUGUGAUUCAAAGAUGAUUUGAAGAAUCACUGCAGCAUUCCCAAAAGCCUGGUCUUCUAUUUCUCCUGGUCAUCAUUGGGACAGAGGGCAUCUGCGCUUGAGAAAAAAUGGCUGACACAGUGAAAACAUGCCAACACCUGCUCUUAGCUCUCAUUCUACUUCCUCUGAUACUUUGCAUGCACCCCGACUGUGUCAUGGAACUAGAGAAAGAAAAAUGCAUGGAGAAGAUGGCGUUGGACGACCCAGGCAGCGACCCUGAAUAUGUGUGUCGCUGGAUGUGGGAUAACCUAACAUGCUGGCAACCAGCACGAAUAGGGGAAGAGGUGUGGAUGCCCUGCCCUGAACUUUUUCAGGUUAUGAGUGAGGAAUUUAAUGAGUUCGUAAAGGUGAGGCGGAACUGCACUGAGGAUGGCUGGUCAGACAUAUUCCCCCAUUAUAUCGACGUGUGUCCCUUUGAUGAUAACAAGACCAGUCAUUUGGGCAAAUAUUAUGUUUCUGUGAAGGCUCUGUACACGGUGGGCUACAGCACCUCUUUGGUGUCUCUCACCACCGCCAUGGUCAUCCUCUGCUGGUUCAGGAAGCUGCACUGCACCAGGAACUUCAUCCAUAUGAAUCUGUUUGUGUCUUUUAUCCUGAGGGCAAUCUCCGUCUUCAUCAAAGAUGGAGUUCUGUAUGCAGAGGAGGAUGGCAACCACUGUUUUAUACAUACUGUGGAAUGUAAGGCGGUGAUGGUUUUUUUUCACUAUUGCGUUUUGUCAAACUACUUCUGGCUCUUCAUUGAGGGCCUGUAUCUCUUCACUCUGCUGGUGGAAACAUUUUUCCCUGAGAGGAGAUAUUUCUACUGGUACACCAUCAUCGGCUGGGGAACCCCAACAGUUUGUGUGACAGUCUGGGCGGUUCUUCGAGUCCAUUUUGAUGGUAUUGGAUGUUGGGACAUAAAUGACAAUGCUGCCAUCUGGUGGGUGAUAAAGGGACCAGUCAUUGCCUCUAUUAUGAUCAACUUUGUUCUCUUCAUUGGCAUCAUUAUAAUCCUUGUCCAGAAGCUGCAGUCUCCAGAUAUAGGUGGAAACGAGUCCAGCAUUUACCUGCGUUUGGCCCGCUCCACUCUUCUGCUCAUCCCUCUCUUUGGUAUCCACUACACUGUGUUUGCCUUCACUCCGGAGGAUGUCAGUAAGCGAGAGAGGCUCGUGUUUGAACUUGGUCUGGGUUCUUUCCAGGGCUUUGUGGUCGCCGUGCUGUACUGCUUUCUUAAUGGAGAGGUGCAGUCAGAGAUCAAGAGAAAAUGGCGAAGCUGGACGGUGAACCGUUACUUUGCAGUGGACCUGAAGCACAGACACCCAUCCUUGGCCAGCAGCGGUGUCAAUGGAGGCACGCAGCUGUCCAUCCUGAGCAAGAGCAGCUCCCAGAUCCGCAUGUCCAGCCUGCAGGCCGAGACACCGGCCACAUGAGUGUCCGGCUCGCUGCUCAGACAGCCCACACCGGCAGACACAAAACCAACCUCUUCAGACCUAGCGCUAUCAUAGUCCAAUUUCACAUCAAAGUUCUUUUUCAUCCUCACUUGAACAAGCUUGGAUUGUGGCAAGCCAAACCUGCACUGGGCGGCUUUCAUCAGACCAGCCUGCACCUCAAGUGCUUUUGAACACAAGAAUGGUGAUCACGUGGUCAGGGAGCUUGCUGAAGCCUCCGUCUCUCAGCACAGAAAAACACAGACAUGGCGCAAAUCCCAUAUCUUAUUGGAUCCGUAGAACCAUGAAGAUGUUGUCGUCAAGCCUCAACAAUGCUACAUUACAUUGAUAAACUGAAACAGUUCUUUGGUGAUGACCCUCACAAAAGCUGUUAAAGAUGACUUGCCAAGGGACUUCUGACCACAGUGCGAAUCAAUCCAAUGUGAACGAUCCACACAGCCAUUAGGAAUGCUUUUAUCUAUGACACCGAGGGCUAUGAAAAGGAGAAAAGUAUUGAUGUUUCCUUGUAUGUACCAUCACCACUUCAGUCUUAAUCAAUCAUGCAACGCCAGGAGGCAUUUUUAAGCAGUUUAAUGGAUCUAGACCCUCAUGUAAUACAACGUGUACAUUAAUUCAGUACAAAUUGAUGGCUUGAACCAGAAGGACUAGUGGUUAUUCCAGUCUUUCACCAUGCUAGGAGUUCAGGUGGUCUUUAACUUACCAUCCAGCACAGAAUAAUGUGCAUGGAAUGUGUAUAUGGAUGAAAGACCCCAGAAAAGUAGCUCUUUUUGACCUGAUCUCUGCUUUCCUUGCUGAAUGCCACAUCCACAUGUGAAUAUCCAUAAUCUUACACGUCAUUGAUGGACAUCAGGCAGGGAUUAAGUGUUUAAAAAUGCAGAAACCCUACGCCUGAGAGAGAUUUUACACAAUACGUGCCAUGUAUUGGUGCAACUUAGGCACUGUGGGUUUGAUAGUUCUUAAACUAAACAGAGGACACGAUCAUGUGCCCGGCACUGCCAAGAGCUUUGACUGAUAAGUGUUUGGGAAAAGCACCUUAAAGCUUUCUCUUUAUUCUUUAAAGUGAAGUUUGACCAUCAUUUACUGAACUGUGAAUGUGUAUGAUUGGUGAAUACAUAGGGAAGAACGGGACUUGUGUUGUUCUCUGAACAAACUGGGUAAAGCUAUGACCUCUUCUGCUUAGAGAUGAACAAAAAACAAAAGAUCUGCAAAAGAAGACCAGUACAACGAGUACCUUAAGUUGUAGAGUUGCUUGUGUGUGCGUGGAUGCCUCUUGUGGUAUUUUUAGGUGACCGGAUGUCUACUUUUCUAAACAGCCGUUAGUACAGAAAAUGUCAUUAAUGUCAAAGUGAACGAUGAGCAAAACACCUCAUGACUCUGUACCAGGAGUUUGAGUUAGUAUCAUCUGCACGAGCUGUUCUUCAGUCGGUUCUUUUCUUUACUUCUACAAACUCGUAUCUGACUCAUCUUUGUAGAUAUCGUUGCAGGGUUUACAGCUCACUGUUGUUUUAUUAUGGGGUUUCAUCUGCAUUGAAUAGAAUCUCUUGGAAAUCUCUUGGAAGUUGUGCUGUUCAUGUGGAGUUCAUUUUGGAAGUGCCAUAUUUGUCAGUAAUACAUUAGUUUUAAUAGUCAUUUUGUGGUUUGCCUGAUACUUUUGUAAUUACAUUAGAACCAUAUUUUCAUCAUUGUACCCGAGUAUUUAUUGACAACCUCCAUAUGACACAGGACACUUUCAGUACUCCAAAGAUUUAUAUUUGGCAUUUCCCAAUACAACUGGUAUUGCCGUACUAGUUUGCAAAGGCUGAGGAAGCUUUGCAACUGAUGUCAUUUCAGAUGUCCUCCAACGGGGGUCCGCAAAAUGUGAUUUAUCUUUAAAGUGCCUUUUUGCACAAAAGGAAGAUAAUAUAGAUGGAAAACAAAUUUAAACUGCAAACGCUUGUGGAAGUGCUUUUCUUGUGCUUCACUAUGUCGACAUUCUCAAACCAAGAGGCCUUCAGAGACACUAGUUAUGUUUCUAAGCCUUUGAUUAGACAUUUGACCUCUAAAAUGUGCAUUUUUACCUGCUUGUAGAUGUCUUUGAUAUGAAUAUUUGCCAAUUAGAUCACGUGAUUUUUAAUCAGUCAAGCAUAUUAAGGCAGCAUGAGGAACCUUUUUUUUUUUUUUUACAUUGGGCCUAAAAGCACUUCCCCAUUCUUUAUUUUUCCAUGGCUGUCUCAAACAGCUCAUCAACACUUAAUAAGCUCAGUUUUAACAUGCUUAUACAUCCCAGUCCAUUGCCUUCUUUUUCAAACAGAAACUGCAAAAUUAAAGAAAAAGAUAAUAGUAAUACAAGACGAAACGUAUGGAAUAAAGAUUGAAUGUUUUUGAUACGAUUCUUAGCUAUUUCUGUGUAAAUUAAUAUAUAGUUGCCAUGCUUUAGAAUAUUGUGGCAUCAUUUUUUUGCAUUUUAAUAAAUUCCAGGUCAGUAUAAAAUUAAAAUACUCAUAAACAUAUUUUCAUUUUUCUAUCAUUUUUCUAUUUAUAUUCAUUUUAGACCACAGGUAUACACAGUGAUCCAUAAAGGGUGGCAGUGUCCACAGGAAUUUGUUCCAGUCUUGCCCUAUAAGGCCUGAUUUCUCUAAUUAAGUGGCUCAUAGCAAUAGUGAAACCUUGUGUUGUGCAGGGUUGGACCCUCUACUGUAAACUUUGUUGCAAUGAAAGGUUAAAUGCCCACCAAAGGAAAUUAAGUUUACAUUUAAUUUGUGAACAUAGCCAAACUAACAGCCCGUCAUUUCUAGUUCACCUGUGUUCAAAAUGAUUUGACUUCUGACUGAGAUUCCUGUAUCAGCUACGUGGUUCUGAAUGGGAAGCACUUUUCAAUGAAACUCUCACCAGCUACCUUUCUGUUUGCUUUAAUGUCAUGCCACAAGUAACUGUCUCCUCUUGAUGUCGAUGUCAUAAUAAUAGUAUUGUUCAAAUGAUACUUAGCAGAACCUAGAAAAGUAGUUAUAGUAUAUAUGUCGACGAGACGUGUACCGUUGUGGCCCAUUACAUGGUUAUGAAUUGUGCUGAAGUUGCAUCUAUUUAGUGCAGUACUAAGUAUUACGCUGCUGCAGCAGUAGCUAAUAUUUGUUGAACAUGGGUAGUUAUUUCAAUCCUUUCUGUGCUAAAAGAUCUUCUUGGUGGUAGUGUUGUUAAAACUGUACAGCCUGCAGUAGUGCUGCCUAUAAUCUUGAAGCUGAUGCAUGCGUAUUCUGUGGUUUGGUGGUUUCCUCUGCAAAUUAAACAUGUAGUUAGGUAUGUUGAUGUUCUGAAACGUGUCAGCUGAAAAAUCAGCAGUGGCAUUUGAGUCAAACAUAUGGAAAGAGCAGGUGGACAUCACUGCAGCCAGAUGUUCUGCUGGUGGAUUCUGAUGCUAUUCCUUAUAGCAUCAGUGCUCUCUUGAAAAUAAAGGUUCCUAAAUGGUGCUUGGCUUAGGAGUACAGAUGUAGGAAAAACCUUCACAGAGCCUGUACAUGACAUCAAAGUUCUAGAAGAGCUUUAGAAAGGUUCUUGUAGGGCAUCACUCUAAAGAACCUUUAAUUUUAAGAGUGUGGCCUGGUGUCAUUACUACAUCCAAAAGCAUUCGCUUCAACUGUCCAGUAACUUACCUUUCUGCCUUAAAGGGGAAUUUCACUUCUUUAUUUUUUUAAAUUUCAGGAUAAUUAUACUGCUGAGAUGUAACAAAAGUCAUUCAAGGUGCUUUGAUGAUUUGUUUACAGUGGAGAUGAUAGGAACCAGGGGGUUGCCAGGUCAGCAACACAAAUGUAGUCAUUUUAUUUACUAUCCAAAAUGUACAUGUUCUGACUUUUCAUGGUAAAAGUUGAUAAUGGUGAAUGGUGAAAGUUACAGUGGUAAUUUUAAACAUGUUUUCUUUGGGGACUAUUUUGUUUUACAACACACUGCAUGUUCCUCUCCAGCAUGGAUGGCUUGUAAAAAAGUUCUAAGUUUUAGUUCAAAAUCAAAACCAUAAGUUUCUCAGGCAUCAGGCAAUGUACUUUAUUUGACCAUAACCAUUUCAUGUAAUAACUUGCUGUGAGGUUUUCUUUGGCAUUCAACCUCUUCAGAUGUCUGGUUCCCAUUAUCAUCAUUGUGAAUUAUUUUGCCUUGUUACAGAACCCAGCAUUUCACAUUAAACCACUAGGAAUGACUUUGUACACAUUUUAACAGUUUAAUUAUGCAGACAUUUGGAAAAUUUCUGUGAAAUUUCUCUUUAGCUCUCAAAGUUCACUUCACAUGGUCACCCAAGAGACUGCAGCAGCCUGUGGAGCUUGCCUUUCAGCAUCGUCUCUGAACCCACCACUGCAGAACUCAUAUGCUGACACGCCAAACUGUUCGUUAAUGAUUCAGUAAGUACUGAGCACAGGGCUGUACAUGUAUUACUGAGCUCAGCUCAGGUGCAUUGAUAAUUGAGAGUCAUCUCAAAUCUGUAUUCAUGACAAUGAUGAAAAAGUGGCACAUUGUCCAGCUGAAAAUGGCAUGGUUUCCUUUCUCUUAAUUGUACAUUAAGAGAGCAUUGUCAGAUAAUUUGUGUGUGCUCAUAAACAUUGCUUACCUACAAAUGUUCCACUGUUGGACUUCAAACAGCAGAGCCAACAAUUCUGGAGUCAAGCAAUGACUGGACUAUUCUUUCUGAAUGUAACUACAUGAGGAAAAAUCUACUGCUAAUCUUAUUCUUGCUGCUCUUGUGGACAAAAUAUCACUUAUUUCUUUCCUCCUUUUAUCUUCGGUCACUACUGCUAUGAAGUGUAUUUUUGUUUUGAUGUAUGUUAGAUUUGACUUUGAAUUGCAUUAAAUGUCUCUGAAACUGA